GUCUCAGUGAUCACGCCGUCUUCGUCCAGAGCUACUACCUGGACCGCGAGGCCGGCCGGGCCCCUGGCGACGCUGUGCACAAGAUCUACCCGGGGGCCUACAUCAAGGUGUUUGACCUGCGCCAGUGCCACAGGCAGAUGCAGCAGCAGGCAGCGACGGCUCAGGCAGCAGCAGCAGCGCAGGCAGCCGCUGUGGCAGGAAACAUCCCGGGACCGGGCAGCGUGGGGGGCAUCGCCCCCGCCGUCAGUCUCUCUGCUGCGGCUGGUAUUGGCGUGGAUGACUUGCGCAGGCUGUGUAUCCUGCGGCUCAGCUUUGUGAAGGGCUGGGGUCCUGACUACCCCCGGCAGAGCAUCAAGCACACCCCCUGCUGGAUCGAGGUGCACCUGCACCGCGCCCUGCAGCUCCUGGACGAGGUUCUGCACACCAUGCCCAUCUCCGACCCGGGGCCCAACUGAACAGAACCAACCCAGAACACAAGAACCAGCACCAGCACACUGAACUGGACCUCAAUCAGAGACCCAACUGACCAGGCCUGGACCCAAAUCGAAACACGCAGACUCAACUUACUGUUAGAAUUACACACACACACACGCACACACACACACACACACACGAGUCGUACACUGAGAGACAGACGCACACACAGACACACACACACACUGAGAGACAGACAUAUACACACACACACACACACACUGAGAGACA